AUGCGGACCGGACUUCUUACGGCCACUUUGGCCAUGACCGUUGGCGUUAACGCCCUCCCGUCGCCCCAAGUAAUGGCAGGAUCGCUCACGGCACUGACGGCAAAGUUAUCCGAUGAGGCUACCAACCUGCUGACGGAUUUGCUCAAUGGUGUCGCUAAGGCGCUGCCCGCUGAGGCCUUCAAGACGGAAUAUUCGCACACGGCGGUGCCCAUCGAGGAGGCGAGAGCUCAAUUGGAGCAUUACACUUUCAACAUCAGCGAGGUGAUUGACUUUGGGAAACACGAAAAGCGUCAGAGCGCCCAGAGAUGCUCGAAUCCUCGUGUCCGCGUAGAAUGGGACCGAGCGAGCGAUACCGACAGGCAAAAAUACUUCGAUGGCAUCAAGUGCUUGAUGGGCCGCUCUCCCUCGGGUCAAUUUUCCCAAUCCAAAAGCCGAUAUGAAGACUUGACAGCGCUCCACCAGGUUCUCACACCCAACAUCCACACCAAUGGCAAGUUUAUUUUCUGGCACAGGGCUAUGCUUCUUCUUAUGGAGCGCAUGAUGCGUAAUGAAUGUGGGUUCGAUGGACCCAUGCUUUGGUUCGACGAAACUCGCUAUGCUGGCCGCUUCGCGUCAUCCUCUCUGUUCAGUUCCAGAUGGCUUGGAGGCCUCGCAAUCAACAACCAGUGUGUAAGGGAUGGUCAAUUCGCCAACCUUAUCUGCAAUGUCGGCCCCGGUUCAUCCAACCAGCCUCAUUGUCUGUCGCGCAACGGUGAUGGCUCCCUCACCAAGAAUUGCAACCAAGAAUACGUCGACAUUUGCAGCAACUACCCAGACUAUGCUGGAUUCACCAGAUGUACCUUCGUAGGCUACCACUCCUUCGGCCACAACGGAAUCGGAGGCCCCAUGAUGGAUGUACAGGCCUCUCCUUGUGAACCCUUCUUCUUUUGGCACCACGCCUUCAUCGACCGCAAUGCACGCCUCUACACCAACAAGAACCCACAAUGGCUCUCUCAAAUGAACGGAGUCGACGCCGCCGGCAACCCUCUCACUCUCGACACCACGGUCAACACCUACGGAAUGAUGCCAGAUCUCACCAUCAGGGACCUUGUCGACACUCUCAGCGUGCCGCUCUGCUACAAAUAUGACUACUAA